UUUCUUUCCUCCCCCCCUUCUUCUCCUUUCUUUUUUCUUUUUUUUUUUUAAAGGGGAGAGAGAGAGAGUUUAGCACAGACAAUAAUCUCAGGGUGAUAGACUGGGGCAAUUGAAGGCCUGCCAAACCAGACCUUGCCUUCAUUAGCCUCUCAUUCCCUCCCCCCCUUUUUAGCCGGGCUAGAGGAUUUUAUUCUGGUUGCAGAAUAACUCCGGUGUGGCUUUGCAAAGGGGAAGGUGGGGGGGAACACACAAAAAAACCAAAACCAACCACAGGAGAGAGGAAAAAGAACACUUGAAUCGACCGUGCCAUCCGUAUUCCUUGAAACUUUUAAUUUGAAGAUGAAAACGGUAAAGAAAUGGCCCAAUGUCGGUAACUCGCCAGCCUAAUGUCUUAGCGGUCAGAAUUUCUCCACGACGCGACUCCCGACUCCAUAUUGGCUCAAGAAAAUGAAUCUGCAUGUAGAGGAGCGCGUAGGGGGUCGGACCCGAGGACCCGUUCCGGAGGGGGACCUCUAAUCGUCUUGCGGGAGCCCGAGGGACUGGUAUGGUGCGAUCCCGGAGCGGUGUUACCUGUCCAGCCCGCAGGUCACCCUCCUGAAGAGGAAAACAGAAGAAUCUUCCCGCUUCUCUAAAUGAUGGAAAUUCUGUGGACGACGUGGACCUGGAUUUUGAGCCUCGCCAUGGCUGUGUCGGAGCUCCACAGCGACAACCGGCUCUCGUAUCGCUCUCAAGAGGAAUUCCUGUCUUACCUUGAACACUACCAGCUCACCAUCCCCAUCAGGGUGGAUCAGAACGGAGCCUUCCUCAGCUUUACUGUGAAAAGUGACAGACACUCACGGAGAAGACGGAGUAUGGGCAUGUCCGACCAAUCCCAGGCAGUCUCUAAAUUAUUUUUUAAACUUUCAGCCUAUGGCAAGCACUUUCACUUGAACCUGACUCUCAACACCGAUUUAGUUUCCAAACAUUUCACAGUUGAAUACUGGGGGAAAGACGGACCUCAGUGGAAACAUGAUUUUUUAGACAACUGCCAUUAUACCGGAUACUUACAAGAUCAGCAUAGCACGACCAAGGUGGCCUUGAGCAACUGCAAUGGGCUGCAUGGGGUUAUUGCGACGGAAGAUGAAGAGUAUUUCAUUGAGCCCCUAAAGAACGUCACGGAAGAUUCUAAACACUUUACUUACGAAACCGGUCAUCCCCAUGUCAUUUAUAAAAAGUCCACCCUCCAGCAGCGGCACCUGUAUGAUCACUCUCACUGUGGAGUUUCAGAAGACCUCCCAAGAAGCAGCAAACCUUUGUGGUUGAAUGAUACACCUGCUUCCGCAGCCUCGCUCCCAAUCAAUGACUCAUUAAGUAGUCGGCGGCGGCAGAAGAGAUCAGUAAGCAUUGAGCGGUUUGUGGAGACGUUGGUAGUGGCAGACAAAAUGAUGGUGGGGUACCAUGGCCGCAAAGACAUUGAACAUUACAUUUUGAGUGUAAUGAAUAUUGUAAGUUUGACCCCUCUACGUAUUAACGUAUAACUAACGUAUUUUUCAGUCCAGACCGUUU